CCCCCCCCCCCCCCCCCCCCCCAAAUUCCCCGCCGCCACCGUCGCCGCUCGCAGCGGCAGGCGGACCGCUCGAGAGCGAGGACAUGCUAGAGAAAGACAGAAUAUCCUAUUUCUACGAUGGGGAUGUGGGAAAUGUGUACUUUGGGCCAAAUCACCCGAUGAAACCACAUCGUCUGUGUAUGACACAUCAUCUUGUCCUUUCUUAUGGACUUCACAAGAAGAUGGAGAUAUAUAGACCCCACAAAGCAUAUCCAACAGAGCUUGCCCAGUUCCAUUCUGCUGAUUAUGUGGAAUUCUUGCACAGGAUAACUCCUGAUACCCAGCACCUGUAUGCAAGUGAAUUAACUAGAUAUAAUCUUGGAGAAGACUGCCCGGUAUUUGAUGAUUUGUUUGAGUUCUGCCAAAUUUAUGCUGGAGGAACUCUAGAUGCGGCUCGAAGACUAAACCACAAAACAUGUGAUAUUGCUAUAAAUUGGGCUGGUGGUUUGCAUCAUGCAAAGAAGUGUGAGGCAUCAGGCUUCUGCUACAUUAAUGACCUGGUUUUGGGAAUUCUGGAGCUUCUCAAGUAUCAUUCCAGGGUUCUCUAUAUUGACAUCGACGUUCAUCAUGGAGAUGGAGUUGAAGAAGCCUUCUAUUUCACUGACAGGGUAAUGACUGUAAGUUUCCACAAGUAUGGUGACAUGUUCUUUCCUGGCACAGGUGAUAUUAAGGACAUAGGAGACAGGGAAGGAAAAUAUUAUGCCAUCAACAUCCCACUUAAAGAUGGCAUAGAUGACACGAGCUUUACUCGGCUUUUUAAAACGAUUAUUGCCAAGGUUGUUGAGACAUAUCUACCAGGUGCUAUUGUUCUUCAAUGUGGCGCCGAUUCAUUGGCACGGGACCGUCUAGGGUGUUUCAAUCUUUCCAUUGAAGGCCAUGCUGAAUGCGUAAAGUUUGUCAAGAAAUUUAAAAUUCCCCUGCUGGUGACGGGAGGUGGUGGAUACACCAAAGAGAACGUAGCACGCUGUUGGGCAGUUGAAACUGGGGUCCUUUUAGACACAGACCUCCCAAAUGAGAUUCCUGACAAUGAAUAUAUUAAGUACUUUGGUCCAGAUUAUACAUUGAAAGUACCAAAUUUGAACAUGGACAACUUGAAUAGUAAGACCUAUCUCAGUUCAAUCAAAGUGCAAGUCAUGGAGAGUUUGCGGGCCAUACAGCAUGCACCUGGCGUUCAGAUGCAAGAGGUUCCACCUGAUUUCUAUAUCCCUGAUUUUGAUGAAGAUGAGCUGGAUCCUGAUGAACGUGUUGACCAGCAUACCCAGGACAAGCAGGUUCACCGUGACGACGAGUACUAUGAAGGUGACAACGACAAUGAUCAUGACGAUGGUGCACACUGAAAUCCUCUCCUCUUAGGAGAUGUAGUCAUGUAGUCAAUGACAAUGUUAGGAUCUGACGUUAGGAGUAGAAAGCGUUGCGGGAGAUUCUAACAUUUCCUGACUUGUACACAAAUGAUUUCAUGACUUGAGGAUUGGUUGUGAUGUUGCUUCUAUUAGCUGGGAAAGUGCAUUGCAGACAUUGGUUGUUUCAGAAAGUGUGUAUUAUUUGAAUACAGAUAUCAAGGAACAAAAUUGACAAAUUAUAUUGUGAACGGCAGAUAGCAAAUUUUAUUUA